CUUAUGCUAUCAUAUCCUCGGACAAGCACCAACACUACAAACCACUUCCGAUAACAACACACUACAUUUUUUCAUUUUCUCUCUCCAAAGCCAACAAAAAUGAUGAUCGGAGAAACCCGCCGUCAUCAUCAGAUUGAUGUACCUCCAUGGCAAGAAUCUUACAAUCCUAUUAGUACAACUCAAAUCACAUCAUCUGCUUCGCCGCCGAUGCAAUCAAGCAACGGUGGUGGUUUGAGUCACCUCCCAAACUCUCCUACAUAUUACGACGCUGUUUUGGCGUCACUCCGUCGUUACCUCAUGUCUGAUGGUACUGCUGAUAAUGAGCCGCCGUCUCCGGUAGCGGCGGCGGAUUAUUCCGGUGAGGUGGAUUUUCUGUCUGGGGACUAUGAUGAUGAUUUUUUUAUGUAUGAUUUUAAGAUUCGUAAGUGUACUAGGGCUCGGGCUCAUGACUGGACUGAGUGCCCGUUUGCUCACCCCGGGGAGAAGGCGAGGCGAAGGGAUCCACGGAAGUACAGCUAUUCCGGGACUGCAUGCUCGGAGUUUCGGAAGGGUGGAUGUAAGAAGGGCGACUGCUGCGAGUUUGCGCACGGGGUGUUUGAGUGCUGGCUCCACCCAAACCGGUUCCGGACCCAGGCGUGUAAGGACGGACCUGGAUGUAAGCGCCGUGUCUGUUUCUUCGCACAUACGCCUGACCAGCUCCGGGCCGGAUCGGGCCUUUCUAGCCCGAGAAGUGGAGGGCUUCUCUCGGGCUACGAGGAUGGAGCUAUGAACUCACCCAAUACCGUGGGAGACAUCGUCGCAUCGCUAAGGAACUUACAGCUAAACAAGGUGAAAUCGAUGCCUACUUCUUGGGGGAGCCACCCCAUACAUGGUAGUAGCUCGCCUGUGUUCGGAUCUCCUCGGGGCGUUGGGGCUGCCACGGCUAUGAGCCGAGCAGGGUUCUUUAGCCUUCCUACAACGCCAACCCGGCCUAGGGUUGGGUAUUGGGAUGCCCACGACUUUGGUCCUGAAGAGGAGGCGCCAGUAAUGGAAAGGGUUGAGUCUGGUAGGGAGUUAAGGGCUCGGAUGUUUGAGAAGUUAAGCAAAGAAAACCCUCUUGACGGGUCGGGCAGCCCGCUUUCGGCCUCUGCUCCUGCACCGGGUCCUGAUUUCGGAUGGGUGUGUGAUCUAAUUGAGUAAAUACCCACCCAUUCCAUCAUCCGGAUCCAAUCAAUGAGUCAAUUGGUUAGGAUUCCAGUGAUCUGUGAAGAACUAAUAAUUUUCCUCAAUAUUUUUUCCCAAGAAUUUCAACUAAAAAAAAAUUUGGAUAUUAGAAGCAUUAAUUAAUUAUUUACUACCUUUAUUUUCAUAAUUAUUAAUUAAUCUUCCGUAAAAAUUCUGCUGACUGAGGGAGAUUAGGAGAUUUAAAGAUUUUUACUAUAAAAGGAAUGAUAUUGUAAAUAAAAUCUCCUAAAUUAUGUGGGGGUUAAGGAAUCAAGAAUAUCUUUUUCUUUUCUUUUUCAAUUUGAAUAUAGUAUUCCACCUGGGGGACAAACUGGAAGGUCCUAGAUUGGCAAAGAAAAAGGGGAAGAUCAUAUCCCUUAUUUUGUACAGCUGAAGAAGGAAAACAAGAAAGUGGCCUGGAAGAUUAUAUUUUAUUUUGUACAACUACCCAUGCCUUCAGAGCGAUAAUCUUUAAGGGAUGGAGGGUAUUUUCCUAUUGUUAUGUAUUAGUAAUUUUUGUGUUUAUUAUUUAGCAUGAUGAGUUGUGAUAAUGACAAUCUGUUGUUAAUUGUUAUGCUUUAAAUUUGAAGACUUGUAAAUAUUCUUACAAUAA